AUGGCAUCUAAAAGCUCUUUACCUGAAGAUGAUUUCACCUGUCCUGUUUGCUUUGACAUUUUCAAGGAUCCCGUCAUUCUUUUGUGCAGUCACAGCUUCUGCAAAGACUGCCUUCAGAAGUUCUGGAUGGAGAAGAAAUCUAAAGAGUGUCCAGUUUGUAGAAGACAAUCUUCAUUGGGCAAUCCGUCACUGAAUUUGUCUUUGAGGAACGUAUGUGAGUCUUUCCUGAAGGAGAAGAUUCAGAGGGCUUCAGGAGGGUCUGAAGUGCUCUGCAGUCUGCACGGUGAGAGACUCAAGCUGUUCUGUCUGGAGGAUAAACAGCCCGUAUGUGUGGUGUGUCAGGCUUCCAGGAAACACUCAGGACACCAGUUACUUCCCAUAGAUGAAGCUGCACUAGAUUAUAAAGAACAUCUCGAGGCUGUACUGGAGUACUUGCAAGAUAAACUGGACAAAUUUGAAGAAGUUAAACAGACAUGUGACCAAACAGCCAGUCACAUUAAGGUCCAGGCCCAUCAGUCAGAGAAGCAGAUCAAGGAGGAGUUUGAGAAGCUUCAUCAGUUUCUGAAAGAUGAAGAGGAGGCCAGAAUAAGAGCACUGAAGGAGGAAGAGGAGCAGAAGAGUUUGAUUAUGAAAGAGAAGAAUGAAGAGAUGAGCAAGGAGAUGUCCACUCUUUCAGAUACAAUAACAGCCAUUAAGAAGCAGAUGGUUGCUGAAGACAUAAUCUUCUUACAGAACUUCAAGGCUACCAUAGAAAGCUCCUGUACUGUUGGACCCAAACACUGCAAACUCAUCGCUCAUCGUUUCUGA